AUGGAGAUUCAAGGGAGGAGACACAUGACGAGAGCUGUGCAGCUUCAUGAUCAAGAAAAUGGGUAUGCUGCUAAGAAAAUAAACGUUAUAAUACCUACUAAACGCCAAGGCCUGUCGGCUCGUGGUGCUCUAGGUGAAUUAAAUUCAAACCUACAGCCUCAGCGCGAAGUACAUGCAGGGAAAGUAGCCGAUGCGGCUGCUGAGUUUGAGAAAAAGGCUACGGUCAAUCGUGGAAUUGUGCGAAGUAACUACAAUCAUGUACAAUCAAAAGUGGAUACAGGAUUGGCAACUAAACCUGUGGUUCAACCAUCUUCUCGACCCCCACUUAGAAGAGAAGAAAGCACUGGGGGCUUAGCUGUUCGGGCUGCAGCAUUGGCUGCCAUUAAAGAUGCUCAUAAUAAGCCAGCCGAAAACAAGAAAACCAUUAAUGUGUAUUCACAAGCUAAGAAGGACGGUAAAAAAGUCACCAAGCUUCCUACUUUAAAGGAACAUACAAAGGAAAAGAGGACUUUAAAACCAAUUCUGAAGGAAUCUACAGAAUCACUUGGGAAGCUCAAGUUGAGUGACAAUUCUAAAAAUAAAAAGCAAGAAUUAAAAGUUGAAAUUGACAUUGUUUCACCACCAAAAUUACCGGCUGACAUUGAAGAUAUUGACGCUGGUGAUAACAACAGUCCGCUUCUUAUGUCUAUAUACAUUAAGGAUAUUUAUAAAUAUUUAACAGAAUUGGAGGAAAAAUAUCCUAUAGAAGUAGAUCAUUUGGCGAAACAGAGUGUGAUCACUGGUAGAAUGAGGGCUACACUAAUAGAUUGGCUUGUGGAGGUUCAAAAACAAUUCUCAUUAAUGCUGGAGACUUUCCACCUAACUGUUGGAAUAAUUGACAGAUAUUUACAGAUUGUGCCAAAUGUACAAAGGAAUCAGUUACAAUUAGUGGGAGUGACUGCCAUGUUUAUAGCCAGCAAAUAUGAAGAGAUCUACGCACCCGAUGUCGGUGACUUCAUCUACGUGACAGACAAUGCGUAUACAAAGGCUGCAAUGUUCCAGUGCGAGAGGGAGAUAAUGUCCAAACUGGGAUUCUGUCUCGCUAGACCGAUACCACUGAGUUUUUUGAGACGAUUUGUAAAAGCCGCACAUGGGACGUCGAAAAACCACCAUUUAGCUAAAUACUUUGUUGACCUCAGUCUCAUUGAAUAUUCCAUGUCACAUUACCGGCCUUCGGAGCUUGCUGCGGCGGCCAUCUGCCUUUCCUUAUAUCUGCUCUCAAAUAAAAGACUAGCUGAUGUAUGGACGCCUACGCUGUCUUACUAUUCAGGGUAUACGUUAGAACAUAUUGAUCCAAUAAUUCGGAAAAUAGCUAAAAUAGUAAUAAAUGUAGAUAACUCAAAAUAUAAGGCGGUAUAUAAUAAAUAUUUGGAUGUUACUCUAGCGAAAGUAUCGAACUUACCACAAUUGAAAGGGGAAGCUAUAUAUGAAUUAGCAAAAAUGCCGUCAAGU